CUUGUACUUCUUCCGGUGCCAUUGAGAAAGAAGCAGGUGAGUCAAACUCAGCUUGGUCGCCACCAUUAAGGUUCUAAGAUUCACUUUUUUUUUUAUCUCAGGCAGCGUCUAGUGAGUAACAGUGAUGGAUCUAAGUUCACUCAAUGCUGCACAGAUUACUACGAUGGGUUCUGCAUUUUGUGUUAUGCUUUCCAUGCAUUUCACGGUGCAGUUACUAUCUCAGCAUCUCUUCUAUUGGAAGAAUCCAAAAGAGCAAAAGGCUAUUAUCAUUAUCAUCCUUAUGGCUCCCAUCUAUGCACUUGUCUCCUUUGUGGGUCUGUUGGAUAUUCGAGGAAGCAAGGAGUUUUUCACUUUUUUGGAGUCCGUUAAAGAAUGUUAUGAAGCUCUUGUCAUUGCCAAGUUUUUGGCUUUGAUGUAUAGUUACUUGAACAUAUCAAUUAGUAGAAACAUUGUGCCGGAUGAAAUUAAAGGCAGGGAGAUACAUCACUCUUUUCCAAUGACACUUUUUCAGCCUCAUUCUGUUCGGUUGAACCACCAUACUCUGAAGCUUCUAAAGUAUUGGACAUGGCAGUUUGUUGUCAUCCGCCCAGUGUGUUCCAUUUUGAUGAUUACGUUACAGCUACUUGGGCUGUAUCCAACUUGGUUGAGCUGGACUUUCACAGUCAUUCUCAACGUUUCUGUGUCAUUGGCCUUGUAUUCUCUGGUGAUCUUUUACCAUGUGUUUGCAAAAGAACUGGCACCACACAAACCUCUGGCGAAAUUCUUGUGCAUCAAAGGGAUUGUUUUCUUCUGCUUUUGGCAGGGAAUGUUGCUGGACAUUUUAGCGGCAGCUGGCGUCAUUCAAUCUCGUCAUUUGCGGUUAGAUGUGGAGCACAUUGAAGAAGCGAUGCAGAAUAUUUUGGUAUGUCUAGAGAUGGUUAUCUUUUCUGUUCUUCAACAGUAUGCUUAUCAUGUUGCACCAUAUAGUGGAGAAGUUGAGAAAAUGCUUAAACAAAACAAGAAAAAUGAAUGAUAUGAUAUGACCAAUGAAAAAGUCAAGUUAUAGAGAACUAUUUAAGAGUUCUUAUUGUGGCAUUAGAAACAUGAAAACAUUGAUGCCAAGUGGAUGUGUUAUUUUGACGAAGAAUACCAUUUGUAUUUUAGAAGGCCACGCCUAUCCGCCACCACUCUAAAUUUUCCUUCUUCUUGACUGCUGUAAUUUCCCAGCCCUUCUAAAGGAACUUAGCUUUUAUAUAAUUACUUGCUAUCUACUAUCUAGCUUAUUGUGAUUUGCUUAGGAUUAUAAUUGUUUGUAUUACUCUGUGUCAGAUACGUUUAUGGUUUGAAUCGAGGAUAUAAUUUGAUCAAUACU